GUGACUCACUGACUCUCAUUACAAACAUUCUUUCAAUUACAUCCCAAACAAAAUUCAACAGAGAACAUGGCUGCCAAUAACGGAGAGGAACAACAGCAAAAUCAACUCAUCGGCCACCAAGAUCUAGCUCAUAAGAGUCUCCUUCAGAGUGAUGCACUCUAUCAGUAUAUACUUGAAACCAGUGUGUUUCCCAGAGAGCAUGAAAGCUUGAAGGAGCUUCGUGAGAUGACAGAAAAACACCCUCGGAACCUGAUGGCUACACCACCUGAUGAAGGACAACUAUUGAGGAUGUUGAUUAAACUCAUCAAUGCCAAGAACACCAUGGAAAUUGGUGUCUACACUGGUUACUCUCUGCUUUCCACUGCUCUUGCUCUUCCUGAAGAUGGAAAGAUCUUGGCUUUGGAUGUGAACCGUGAAUACUAUGAAUUGGGAUUACCCAUAAUUGAGAAAGCUGGAGUUGCUCACAAGAUUGAUUUCAGAGAAGGACCAGCUCUUCCUCUUCUUGAUGAACUGCUAGAGGAUGAAAAUAAUAAGGGAACAUUUGAUUUCAUUUUUGUGGAUGCUGAUAAGGAUAACUACAUAAACUAUCACAAGAGGGUGAUUGAGCUUGUGAAGGUUGGGGGUCUAAUUGGGUUCGAUAACACCUUGUGGUUUGGGUCUAUGGUGGCUGCACCAGACGCACCUAUGAUGGAUUUUGUGAAGCACUAUCGUGGUUAUGUGAUUGAGCUCAACAAAUAUUUAGCUCAUGAUUCAAGGAUUGAGAUUUGCCAGCUCCCCGUUGGUGAUGGGAUUACCCUGUGCCGCCGCAUCAUUUGAUCAUUUGUGCGCUUUGAGAAUGUGGGUUUUUAUUAUGAGUUUCUGAGAAAAUAAAUGUGUCGUGGUUAGCAUAAGGAGGAGUAUUUAAUUCGGUGUUUCACCUGCUACAUGUGAUAAAUGCAAGCUUUAAUGUAUGUUUCUUCUUGAAUUUAGCUCCACUGACAUUUUGGAGACUAAACAAUGUUUUUUUUUUUGAACGUGAGACUAAACAAUGUUGUCAAAAUUAUUGUUUUUCAUCUAAAACUUUAAUUUUAUUUUAAUGA